GUCUGCGUCCUCCGGAAGCCGGCUGUCGUGAACUUCACCCAGGGACCUGACAAGGACACUGCUGAAGUGCGGUAGGCGCUGCUGUAUCCCUCACGGCCAAGAAGCUUUGGUAGAGAUUGCUCCUUGACAAUUUUCCUCUCGCUGUGGCCAUGCCUUUCCUUGAUAUUCAGAAAAAGCUGGGCAUCAGCCUAGACCGUCACUUUAUGUUCCUAAGUGUUGAACAGCCCUACAAGAAUGCUGCUCGGUGCCACGCUUUUGAAAAAGAGUGGAUAGAGUGUGCACAUGGGAUCGGUGCUACCCGGGCGAAGAAAGAGUGCAAGAUAGAGUAUGAUGACUUUGAGGAAUGCUUUCUGCGGUACAAAACGAUAAGGCGGAUGCAUGAAAUCAAGAAACAGCGGGCAAAGCUAAUAAAAGAGGGGAAAUACACCCUUCCUCCUCAGCAUUCGGGCAAGGGGGAGCCCAGGCCCUAAGCACAGCAGCUGGAGGCCACUUUUCAUGCUCUGUUUUCCACUGGAGAGAAUGUUUAAGGAAAGCUCCUUCAUCAAGUAUGUAAAAAUAAAGAAUUACUUAAUCUUA